AUGGAGCAGCUCGCAAAGCGUAUCGACAUCCCGCUUACACCCAAUGCUCCUCCUGGCCUGGUCCAGGCGCUUACGGUCGAUCCGUGGUCGGAGUCUGGAAAGUAUGGAUUAGGUUGGACGUAUUUCGCGCUUGUCCUAGGAGGUCUGACCGUGGUUGUGAGGCUAUGGCAUUACUGGCAAGACAAGAUUCGGCAGGCCAUCUAUAAGCAAGAGAUGGAGCAACAUUUCCGUGAGCUCUAUCCUCGGGAGCCGGAAUGGGACAGGUCGGCACCUUUGGCUACGGCGGUCGCACAGGAUCCUUCGCAGCGCCAUUUCUUCCCGGAUGUUCCUCAGGUCCAGGAUAAGACCUUCAGACCGAAGGCUCACUUCUCAUCAGUUGGUUUUGUGAACGAUACGUUGGCCUUGUUCCGAUGGGUCUUUUACCGUCCUAUCCCGGACAUCGUUUGGAGGAAGCACAGGUUUACCUUCUCAUCCCUCGCCGUGUUGACCUGCGUCUUCGUCGCCUUGUCGUUCGUGACCAUCUAUUGCUUCCUCCAGCAACCCCUUUACUGGCAGAGCAUCCGGUUCGGAUCACCACCUGUGGCUAUCCGCUCCGGCAUGAUGGCUGUUGCUAUGACUCCUUGGAUCUUUGCGACCAGUACGAAGGCGAACUUGCUGACGCUUAUUACCGGCAUUGGACCUGAGCGACUCAAUGUCUUCCAUCGCUGGCUGGGUUAUCUAUGUCUCUUCCUCUCGCUGGUCCACAUGAUUCCGUUCUACAUCCAGCCUGUCUGGGAGGAUGGAGGCAUGGAGGUAUUCGAGAAACUCUUUCCUCCUGGAAGUGGCAUCAUCUAUGGUUCCGGAAUUGCCUGCAUAGUUCCCUUGGGUUGGCUUUGCGUCGCUUCUCUCCCUGUCAUCCGGCGAAAAGCGUACGAACUCUUCUCCUUCCUGCAUGUUCCUGUUGGAUACAUCUACCUCGGUGUGCUGUUUUGGCACACGAAGAACUUCCUCAUGUCGUGGGGCUAUUUGUAUGCCUCUAUCGGCAUUAUUGUCGUCUGCAACAUUAUGCGCCUAUUCAAGCUGAACUGGUCAAGGCCGUGGCGCAUGUCAUGGCUUGUUGGAGACGAAGCUGCCAUCAACAUCCUAUCGGAGAAUGCCAUCAAGAUCACGAUUCCUACCCAGAUGCGGUGGAAGCCAGGCCAAUAUGUUUAUCUGCGCAUGCCGGGGAUCUCGCUCUUUGAAAACCAUCCAUUCACUAUCUCGUCGCUCUGCAGCGAGGACUUCCCCUCGGAAUACGGCGAAGACUACCGGGAUUGCAUUCUUGUUUUCCGCCCAUACGGGGGUUUUACCAAGAAAGUCCUCGAAACCGCUAUCGAAAAGGGGCCGUUCCACACCUACCGAGCCUUCCUCGAUGGCCCGUACGGUGGUAUGCGCCGUGAGCUGGCAGCGUUUGACACAUGCAUCUUGAUCGCCGGAGGCAGCGGCAUCACCUCCUUGAUUUCUCAGUUGCUCAACCUGAUCAAGCGCAUGCGCGACGGGAAGGCCAUCACGAAAAGAAUUGUUGUGGUGUGGGCAGUGAAGAGGUUGGAGACGAUGGACUGGUUCCGUGAAGAAUUGCGCAUCUGCCGGGAGUCGGCUCCCCCGGAGAGCGUGACUUGCAAGAUCUACGUGACAGCAGCGGUGAGGAAGAAGCAGGGAACGCCCCAAGGUCGGGCACCCCGGCCACUUAGCAAUGCAUUCCAUGACAAGCUAGACGGGUUCGUGGCGGGCAUCGCGAGCAAGCGCAACAGUGCCUUGAUCGCAGCAGAGGCUCAGGGAGAUCCUGAGAGGGAGCGCGAGCUUCGCGCAGAGAAUGAGGACCGCAUCACUGCUCUUCCCCAGCAGAAGUAUCUGCAGCCGUACAAUAUUCCUCCGCCGCCGCCAGGCCCCCCGCCCAAUUUUACCGCUAAGAACAGGGCAUCGGUUGCCGAGGAGACACUUCGCAAGUUGGAGGGCCGGAGUAGUCCGACAAAGUCGGAGUUCAGCAAGAACAACGACGGCGAGUUCCACUUCCCGCCCAUCGCUCCUCGCGGCGAGAAUGCUCCUCACUUCAACUUCGCGCCCCCGGCAGGGAGACAGCGGUAUAGCCAGAUCAUUGCCGAAGCAACGGCCCGCCAGCUCCAAGCAGCUGCCGCACAGACUGAGGCGGCAAGUGACAAGAAGGAGAAGCCAGAGAAAUCAGAGGACAAGAAUGAUAAUAGUAACAACGACAGUAACAACGAUGAGAAUAAUAACACCGACACCGAUAAGAAAGAGGCUGCACUCCCGCAAAUCCGCCCUCCCGAGCUAGCCCACCUCCGUACCGACGUCGGCCCAGCGCGCGGACCACGCCCAACCAGCACGUUCGGCCCGCCAGCCGGCUUCGACUUUGGCUUCCCCGAGACACCGACCGAGUUCCAGCGGUCGUUGAUGCGUUUCGCCUUCCCCAUUCCGCAGGUUGACGGCGGCUGGAGCGUUGAGUACGGCCGGCCGGAUCUCGGAUACAUGCUGAAAGAGUGGGCCACGGGCGGCCCCGACGGGCGGGGGAUCCUCGGCCGACGGACGGCCGUGUUCGUGUGCGGUCCGCCGUCGAUGCGGGUUGGUGUGGCGAAUACGGUGGCGAGGCUGCAGGCAGAGAUCUGGGGCGAUGAUAUGCUGGAGGAGAUCUUUUUGCAUACGGAGAAUUAUGCUUUGUAA